GCAUAAACAUUUGCAUGUUAUGACAUAAGCUCGGUUGUAUAAAAGCCGUGUGUGGGGUGUACUGAGCACAGUUCAACGAUGGCUCGGCUUGUGUUCGUUGCUCUAGCCUUAGGGCUGUGUGCUUGUGCCUUUGCUGCACCAGGUUAUGGAGGCGGUAGUAGCGGUGGUGGCGGAGGAUACGGUGGAGGAGGUGGAUUCGGAGGCGGUGGUGGAUUCGGAGGCGGUAAAGGAGGCAGCGGCGGCGGCGGCAGCGGAGGCGGCGGCGGCUUUGGCGGCGGUCAUGGCGGUGGAGGCGGCCUAGGAGGCGGCAACGGCGGCGGUCACGGAGGUGGUGGCGGCCUUGGAGGCGGCAACGGGGGCGGUUACGGAGGUGGAGGCGGUGGCGGUCUCGGCGGCGGUAACGGAGGCGGUCACGGUGGACACGGCGGCGGCGGAAACGGCGGCUAUGGUGGCAGCGGCGGCUUCGGUGGCUCUAGCGCCAGCGCCAAGGCUUCAGCCUCGGCCUCCGCCGGCGCUGGCAGCGGUGGCGGCGGCUACGGCGGACAUAAAGGAGGAUACGGACGUUAAUAUUUUACGGAGCUGAUCCAAAGAAGACCAGAGGCAGGAGUACCAACUGCUCAAUGUGAUAUAGUUUAUAUAACGCCAUAAUACUUAUUGUACAUUACAUUAUAUGUAGCCAAUAAACAGCAUAUGUUUUUAAAA